AUGGACACGAGCAAAACGAUAGCACCGUACGACGAGAAAUCCAGUGCCGAGAUCCAGCAGUUGGAGUCGUCAGCAGACAGCGUAGCCGAUGGAAAUGCCUUGCCAGAGUCUGGUUCGCCAGAGCGAUUGCUUGCAGAGAAGAAGUUGGUGCGGAAGCUGGACACGAGACUUCUUCCUACUAUCUUCAUCAUAUUCAUCAUGAAUUACAUCGACCGGAAUGGUGUGACAACUGCGAGGCUCCAAGGAAUGCAACAGGAUUUAGGGAUCUCAGAUGUGCAGUAUGCUACUGUCAUCGCCAUCUUAUUUGUCUCCUACUGCCCUGCGCAGAUUCCUUCAAAUAUGCUUCUGAACGUUGUAAAACGGCCAUCAUGGUACAUCGGUGGUUGCGUUGUACUAUGGGGGCUGACUAGUGCGCUGACGGGGAUAACCCAUAACUUCGCUGGAAUUCUUGCUUGCCGAGUCUUCAUUGGAUUACCCGAGGCUGCUUUCUACCCCGGUGCUAUUUAUUUACUAUCGCGGUGGUACACGAAGAAGGAACUUGCUCUCCGUUCCGCAAUACUGUACGCCGGAUUAUUGGUUUCGAAUGCAUUUGGAGCGCUCAUAGCCGCAGGAAUUCUUUCAAGUAUGGAAGGCAAACGCGGAAUCCGAGCCUGGAGAUGGUUGUUCUUCAUAGAGGGGUCCAUCACUUGCACCAUCGGGUUCAUUAGCAUGUGGGCACUACCUGACUAUCCUCACAACACUAAGUGGGUUUCUGGAUUCGACAAGCGUCUAGCUCAAGCACGAUUGGCUGAAGAUGCUGGCGAAGCAGAUAAAGAUACUGCAGAAGACUCCCCUCUGAAGGGGUUGGUCAUGGCUUUAAAGGACCCAAAAGUUAGCAUAUUUGCUAUUAUGACCACAUCGCAACUCCUCGGACUGAGCUUCGUCCAAUUCUUCCCGACUCUCACCGCAACAUUGGGUUUCUCAACGACGAACACAUUGCUUCUGGCUGCUCCUCCUUGGAUUCUUGCUGGCAUAGUCUGCUGCCUUAAUGCUUGGCAUGCUGAUCGGACCGGUGAACGAUUCUUUCACAUUGCUGGCUGGUGGUGGGUCGUCAUCGUCGGUUUCAUUAUUGCCUUGUGUACGAUGAGCAUCGGAGGACGGUAUGUGUCCCUCUUUCUUAUGGCCCUGGGAUAUGUUGGCUUUGCCAUGACCCUCGUUUGGGUAUCAAACGCCGUUCCCCGACCUCCAGCCAAACGGGCUGCUGCCAUUGGAAUCGUCAACGGGUGUGGAAACAUUGGGAAUUUGAUGGGGUCUUACACAUGGAAGGCCGCAUGGAGUCCCGAAUACCAUCAAUCAAUGGCUAUUAGUCUGGCUGCCUUGGUCUUCGCUAGUCUUUUAUCCCUGCUCAUCCGUCACAUGCUCAUUCGCGAGAACAAGCAGAUGGACAGAGAAGAGAAAGGGAUGAUGGAAGGCGCUGAGCGAGCCAGAGUGGAGGAGGCUGCCAAGUUGGAGGGUAUCACCUUCGAGCAAGCGAUCGAACGACGAAGAGGAUUCAGAUAUCUUUAUUAG